GUUGAGAGUAGAGAGAGAUAGAGAGAGGAAGAGAGAGACAGAGAGAGAGCAGCCUGAGAGAGUGAAGAGCGUUUGAUUUUCCGUUUAUUCAGUUACUAUAUGUAGGUGCCAUCGCUAACGCCAUGGUGUCGGACCAAGAGAUAGCCGAAGCUGUGGAGACUGUGCUCCGUCAAUCAGGCCCUAACGAUGUCGCCUCCGUAAACGCCGUCGUUCAGCAGCUCGAGGCCAAGCUAGGGUUGGACCUCUCCCACAAGGCCGCCUUCAUUCGCGACCAGAUCAACUUCCUCCUCCGCCCCUUCGCCCAACCGCCGCAACCCCAACCCCCCAAAGACCAUUUUGCCAUACAUUACAACCUCAACCCCCACCACCACAACCACCCUCACAACCUCCCCCACAACCGCCAUCCUCAAUUCCUCCCCCAACAAUUCCCUCCCCAUUUUGCUCUCCACCCCCACCACCGCGCCCCCGAACCCCACAACUUCCACCCCCCGCCGCCGCCGCCGCCGCAUCAGCAACUACGCCCUCAGCCUCAGUCACAGCCUCAGCCUCCGCCUCCGCCUCCGCCUCCGUCUGUGAAGACCGAGGCUUUCCCCCAAAAUGCCCCCACAGCCGCCCCGGAAACGCCCAAAGAGAGUGCUCCAUCUUCUGGAACCAAGAGAAGAGGAGGGCCAGGGGGUCUUAACAAAGUCUGUGGUGUCACACCUGAGCUUCAGGCUGUUGUUGGUGAACCGGCCUUGGCGAGGACUGAGAUUGUGAAGCAGCUCUGGGCAUACAUAAGGAAAAACAACCUCCAAGAUCCAAGUAAUAAGAGAAAGAUUAUUUGUGAUGAUGCCUUACGUGUGGUAUUCGAGACAGACUGUACUGACAUGUUCAAGAUGAAUAAGCUGCUAUCCAAACAUAUUAUACCCCUUGGACCUAACAAGGAGUCAAGUCAAGCUAAACGAUUGAAGGUAGAGGCCAAGUCUACAACUGAGAGUACUGAACCUCAACCACAACCACAACCGCAACCGCAACUGGGGUCCCUUACUGUAGGAAUAUCUGAAGCACUAGCUAAGUUUUUGGGCUUUGGAGGAAGGGAGAUGCUCCCAUCUGAGGCAACAAGACUUGUUUGGGAGUAUGUAAAGGUUAACCGUUUGGAGGAUCCUCUAAAUUCUACAGUGAUAUUAUGUGACGCAAAGCUCCACGAGCUUCUUGGAUGCGAAAGCAUUUCUGCUGCGGGGUUGCACGAGAUGUUAGAUCGGUAUCAUUUAUUCAAACAAUUAUGAUUUCUGGUAGUGUUGACUGGUGCUCGGGACCUUUGCCAUCUGGUCUUUUCUGAUCCUAGAAAACAUAGGAAAGAACAGUUCUUUAUAUCCGUUGUUUUUCUUUUUCGUCGUCUCAUUUGUGCAUUGACGUGGUUAGGUGCUACGCCGUCUUACUUGUCGUGGUUAUUUGGAUUUAGAAUUGCUAUGUGCUGUGGGUUAAUGGUAACAAGUUUCUUAGAUUACGCCAUUGCCUAGGUUAGUUCGUUUUUAAUCGUCUUCUCCUAACCUUGAAACUGUGACAGAAUGAUAAAAUGCUCUGUACAGCGUGGAAGGACCUUUGUAUUUCAUAGAUGGCGGUAAAUGUUAGUUUUAACUGCAACUUGUGUAUCUUCUUACAUCGCAGUAAAUUCUUAUUUUAACUUCGA